CAACCGGUGGAAUGAUAUCCGAUUUUGCAAACCGAAAAUUGAAAAUGCGUGGUCGUUUGAUGAGUCAAUUCUUGGUCUUGUUAUUGGAAGGCGUAUUUUUACUCAUUUUCCGAUUCUCGCUUACAACCUUAACAUCAUCUAUUAUUGUUAUGAUUAUCUUUAGUUACUUCACCCAGGCGGGUUGCGGUACAACAUAUGGUAUAGCACCAUUCAUAGAUCCUGAAAUAUAUGGUACAGUUGCUGGGUUAAUAGGGACAGGUGGUACGCUUGGUGGUAUAGCAUUUGCUUCAGUAUUCAAAUAUUAUGCCGACUCGCUUUCAACUGGAUUCGUG